AUUUCAUAUCACUAUGUCAUCAGAUGUUUUGGGCAAUAGUUAGUGUUAGGAUAUUUAUAUUUACUGUUUCUUUUUUAUGUUAUUAUUAAUUAUUAAUAUCAAUAAAUAGUAAGAUCCACGUGUGAGGGUUUACUCGCUUCCAAAAUAUAUUCGCUUCGAGGGUUUAAAAGGAGCAGUUGAGAGCAGCUACUUUGCUACGCUCUUUACUUUCUCUCUCCAUUUCUUCGUCUUCUAGGGUUUCUACUACCUCUCUCUGUCCCUGCAAAUCAGAUUCGAAUAUGAGCCGACACCCUGAAGUAAAAUGGGCCGAAAGGGAGGACAAGAUCUAUCUCACAGUGCUCCUGGCAGAUGCGAAAGACCCUAAGGUCAAUGUUGACCCCGAUGGUACAUUUACAUUUUCUGCUGCUGCUGGGACUGACAGUAACAUUUAUGAACUCAAGUUGGAGCUACUUGAUAAAAUUAAUGCCGAGGAAAGCAAGAUAAACAUAGGCGUGCGCAACAUAUUCUGUGUAUUGGAGAAAGCUGAGAAGAAAUGGUGGACAAAGUUGUUGCGUGGAAAUGAGAAGACACCUCACUAUGUGAAAGUAGAUUGGGAUAAAUGGGUAGAUGAAGAUGAUGAUGCUGGUGCACCUUCAGACUUAGAUUUAGGUGGUAUGGAUUUCUCGAAAUUUGGUGAUAUGGGUGGCAUGGGAGGAAUGGGUGGCAUGGGCGGAAUGGGCGGCAUGGGUGGCAUGGGCGGCAUGGGUGGAAUGGGCGGCAUGGAUAUGAGUGCCUUGGCUGGCAUGGGCGGCAUGGGUGGAAUGGGCGGCAUGGAUAUGAGUGCCUUGGCUGGAAUGGGUGGCAUCGAAGAUGAUGCUAUGGGGGAUGACUUUGAGGACAGUGAUGAUGAAGAGGUGAAGAAACCCGAGGGGGAGGCAGUUCACAAGGCAGAAGGAGAAGCAUCUAAGGACAAAGCAGAACCCUUGCCGAGCUCAUGAAUGAGUAUUUGAUACAGACUGCGCAUGUUAUGCGCGUGGGUUUCCCAACUUUUAACUGAUUUGUUACGUAGGCGUGCUUUUUGUGAGAGAGAGAUGGUUUCUUUGCCUGAAUUUCUUUACUGCUGAACCAUUUUUAUUGUACUUUCUGGGCAGAGCAAUAUUUCCAUCCAAUCUAUGUUGUAUUUUUAAGCCUAGUUUAAUGACUAAAUACAAAAUGGAUGAGAAAGCCUAUACGGUUUCCCCAUUUUUGGAUUUA